UGGGGAUUUUACAUUCACUGUUAUGUCUUACAAUGUACUAGCACAAGAUUUAAUUAAAGAACACCCAGAACUUUACAGAAUGCAUGACCCAAAUGCUCUAAGGUGGAAUGUUAGGUGGCGAAAUUUGUAUAAUGAAAUUAAAGUUCUUAGUCCUGAUAUUAUGUGUCUUCAGGAGGUGCAAAAUUCACAUAUUGGAGCAUAUUAUGAUAAACUUGAAGCACUCGGUUACAUUGGUAUAUAUAAAAAACGAACCGGGUGUAGAGUUGAUGGUUGCGCUAUAUUCUAUAAAGCCCAUUUGUUUGCCUUGGAGGAAUAUGAGACUGUAGAGUUUUUUCAGCCCAAUGUGCCAAUAUUAAACCGGGAUAAUGUUGGCAUAAUUGCAACAUUUUCACCCAAACGCCAUCCGCACAAGUCAUUUGUAAUUGCAACUACAACACAUCUAUUGUACAAUCCCAAACGUGAGGAUGUACGUUUGGCUCAAAUGCAGUUGCUGCUUACAGAAGUAGAGAGGUUGAGUUUCAGAUAUAAAUUCAAGUUGAAAAAUCCUUAUUUGCCUAUAAUUCUGACAGGUGAUUUAAAUUCAACCCCAGAUUCAGAAGUGUACAGCUUUUUAACUAAAGAUUCAUUGAACUAUGAACAUCUUAGUAAUAGGUCUGUAAUUGAAGUAAGCAGUAAUAAGCAGAAAAAGUUUUUGGUGCCACCUCAUUUGGGUAUAACAGAUGAUUCUCAACAUUUUCUAUUGUUGGAGCAGAGAAAAACCAAUCGACAAAUAUCAAGGUCUCUCGAAAAAGCUCUGAUUCAGUUGCACAACAGCGAGAGAGACGUAAGCGUAGUAAGCUCGGAGAAUUUAACGAAAAACUUUGAGCUUUUCGGUUCGGGCUCUAUUAAGCACAAAUUCUCUUUGAAAUCUGUUUAUGCAUAUAAUACGGAAAAUCCUGAAGGUACCACUUUUCAAAAUCGAUGGUUGAUGGUAGAUUAUAUAUUUUACAGGAUCGCAACGGAAAGUUUUCUAGAAAACCCCUCGAGUUUUCGAAGAUACUAUCAAGGCAUGUCUUUUUUCAAACAAACGGAAAUGCAGAAACCUGAAUAAAACCUACACAGGCAUUAAAGACAAGAUUGGGAACACUGGAACCAGAACCAGGUUGAUGAAAUACAUAGGGAGGACAAAAAACAGUUAACCGCCCUAACCUAAUAAACUCGACAGCAGUUCCUGUAAUCAGGAAAAAAGCCCCUUGCCGAAAAUAAGAAAGACCCACCCGCUAUCCCAGUGACUUCCCACUCCAAUCAAAGCAACACCUGUGUACCCUAGGUAAGUUUCAACAACUUUUUUAUAUGUAUAAUUCAAAAAAAUAAAGGCUUAUAACAUGUUUUUAUUUUAGAAGUACCAAAAUUAGGGAGUCAAAGGGUUGAAUGUUUUAUCUACGAAGAAGGCUGACAAAUAUCUUGUAAGCUCGCAAGCAAGAAAAUCCAGAAAGAAACAAAUAAAAUUUUGCACUUACGU